UGAAGGGUCGCUUUGAGCAUCGAUGACAGUUCAAAACUGAAAUCACAACACUCAUGUUGAUGUUUUUAGAGGCUGCUGCCAUCUUUGCUCUUCUCUGACGAACACCUUCAUCCACAGAAGAAGCUGGCGGCAGAGCCCGACUACACAGACGUGUCGCUGACGGCGGCGGAACGCGUCCGAGCGCUGGGGAAGAUGGGAUGCUGCGUGGAGAUCAACGAGGACAUCGCGCCCAGACGCUACUUCCGCUCGGGUGUGGAGAUGGAGCGCAUGGCGGCGGUUUACCUGGAGGAGGGCAGCCUGGAGAACGCCUACGUCCUCUACACCAAGUUCAUCACUCUAUUUGUAGAGAAGUUGCCCGCCCACAGAGACUACCAGCAGUGCACCGCCAUCCCCGAGAAACACUUCAUCAUGAAGAAACUUCAGGAGGUGGCGUUUCCCCGUAAAGACGAGCUGAAGAAGCGCCUGGAGGAGAAAUACAGCAGGGAACACAGCGAAUACCUCAGAGCCCAGAGCCAGGCGGCGGUCGUGGUGCACGGGUGUGGCCAGCAGCUGCAGCAGCUGUCCCUAUUGGACGAGGACAGGAGAAGGUUCCUGCUGCUGGAGGAGGAGAGGCAGCGCGUCGCCGCUCUGCGACGCAUGCAGAUUGAAUCGGAACAGUUUCGCUACUUCGAGGACCAGCUGAGACGCCAGGAGCUGGCCAAUAAGAGAGGAGUGGAGGCGGAGCAAAAGGUUCAGACUAAAGUGCCUGAGGUGACGGACGGCUCCCGUCUGUCCCAGCAGCCAAUCAAAAACAGCAUACGAUCCCAGGGGGCAGACCCUAACAGAAACAGACCGCCUGCCCCUGUGAGCCAACCCGCCGCCACGCUGGCUGGAGUACAGAGUGAGAGGGUGGAGGGCCUGAGGCGAGUCCUGAUUCCCAAAGGCCUGACUCAGAGUUUCCUGUCGCUGGCCCGGUCAAACACGGCCAGAGGAAUCGAGACCUGCGGCGUCCUCUGCGGACAGCUGACGCACAACGAGUUCACGCUGACUCACGUCGUAGUCCCCAAACAGACCGCCGGCCCGGAUUUCUGCGACAUGGAGAACGUGGAGGAGCUGUUCAGCUUCCAGGAUGAGCAUCACCUGCUGACGCUGGGCUGGAUCCACACUCAUCCCACUCAGACGGCCUUCCUGUCCAGCGUCGACCUCCACACUCACUGCUCAUAUCAGCUGAUGCUGCCGGAAGCUGUCGCCAUCGUCUGCGCGCCAAAACACAACGACACAGGUGUGUUCAGGCUGACCGACCUGGGGAUGUCCGAAGUUUCUGCCUGCAAGCUGAAAGGUUUCCAUCCUCACUCCAAGGAGCCGCCGCUCUUCACGGUGUGCAGACACGUCGUGUUCAGGGACUUGCGGCUUAACCUGCUGGACUUCAGGGUUUAGACAGGAAGCACUGGCAGGUUUUUAUUCUGAAGAGGAAACUGUGAACGCACCGCCGGUGUUCGCCGACACGUUGUGAUGUCGAAUUUACAGGAAACUUUUAACACUUUUAAUUUUUGGUGUUUUUUGUUUUGUUUUUUUGCUGCUGAGCCCUGCAUCUUUGCCCCGAGUCCUGCCUGUCAGGCCGCACCCGUCCUGCUGGGCCGCUGAUCGCAGCGCUAAGGCGCCCCCGGUAGUCAGCUGAUAUCCACCAAGCUUGGCUGUGACCUUACUUCCUGUUAGGCAGCUUCCCUGACACUCUGAUUGGCUGUGGCGGUUCAGUGUUGAGAGGUUUGGUCUCAGAUCAAAGGGGAAAGUCUCUUCGCUGCUGCAGAUGUGAAACUGUGAGGAGACUCUUAACACUCUGUCAUUUUAGGCGAGACCGUUCACGCCAUAAGCUACUCUGACCUUUGACCUCGAGUGGGGUGCCAUGUAAGGGGUGGCAGACAGCAGGGGGCGCUGCAGGCUCAGGUGAAGGCGGUGUGUGUCGUGUAAAGCGGGCCCUUUUAAACCUCUUGCAGAUGAAAUUAUUUUCUGAUGUUUCUCUCGUGGUGCGUUCAAAGCGCCCGCAGCUGGAGGACUUCUCAGUGUGUGCACCAGCAGAUGUUUUCUUGUCGAGCUGUUGUGUGACUGUUUUUUGCUGAUGACGUUUUGACAAACUGUGACCUGACUGCUGUUUUUAACUUUUUGGUAAUAAAACACCCUCUGC